GCUUUCUUUCGCGGGCACCCGGAACCAGACCAUGACCCAGACCCUCAAGUACGCCUCCAGGGUGUUCCAUCGCGUCCGCUGGGCUCCCGAGUUGGGCGCCUCCUUAGGCUACCGAGAGUACGACUCAGCACGCCGGAGCUUGGCAGACAUCCCAGGCCCCUCUACGCCCAGCUUUCUGGCUGAACUUUUCUGCAAGGGGGGGCUGUCGAGGUUACACGAGCUGCAGGUGCAGGGCGCCGCGCGCUUCGGGCCAGUGUGGCUAGCCAGCUUCGGGACAGUGCGCACCGUGUACGUGGCUGCUCCUGCACUCGUCGAGGAGCUGCUGCGACAGGAGGGACCCCGGCCCGAGCGCUGCAGCUUCUCGCCCUGGACGGAGCACCGCCGCCGCCGCCAGCGGGCUUGCGGACUUCUCACCGCGGAAGGCGAAGAAUGGCAAAGGCUCCGCAGUCUCCUGGCCCCACUCCUCCUCCGGCCUCAAGCGGCCGCCCGCUACGCCGGAACCCUGGACCACGUAGUCCGCGACCUUGUGCGGCGUCUGAGGCGCCAGCGCGGACGUGGCACGGGGCCGCCUGCCCUGGUUCGGGACGUGGCGGGUGAAUUUUACAAGUUCGGACUGGAAGGCAUCGCCGCAGUUCUGCUGGGCUCACGCUUGGGCUGCCUGGAAGCUCAAGUGCCGCCUGACACGGAGACCUUCAUCCGCGCGGUGGGCUCCGUGUUUGUGUCCACGCUGUUGACCAUGGCGAUGCCCCACUGGCUGCGCCGCCUUGUGCCUGGGCCCUGGGGCCGCCUCUGCCGAGACUGGGACCAGAUGUUUGCAUUUGCUCAGAGGCACGUGGAGCGGCGAGAGGCCGAGGCAGCCAUGAGGAACCGAGGACAGCCCGAUAAGGACCUGGAAUCCGGGGCGCACCUGACCCACUUUCUGUUCCAGGAAGAGUUGCCUGCCCAGUCCAUCCUGGGGAAUGUGACGGAGUUGCUACUGGCGGGAGUGGACACGGUGUCCAACACGCUCUCCUGGGCUCUGUAUGAGCUCUCCCGGCAUCCCGAGGUCCAGACAGCACUCCACUCCGAGAUCACAGCUGCCCUGGGCCCUGGCUCCAGUGCCCACCCCCCAGCCACUGUUCUGUCCCAACUGCCCCUGCUGAAGGCAGUGGUCAAGGAAGUGCUAAGACUGUACCCUGUGGUACCUGGAAAUUCUCGUGUCCCGGACAAAGACAUUCAUGUGGGUGAUUAUAUUAUCCCCAAAAAUACGCUGGUCACUCUGUGUCACUAUGCCACUUCAAGGGACCCUGCCCAGUUCCCAGAGCCAAAUUCUUUUCGUCCAGCUCGCUGGCUGGGGGAGGGUCCCACCCCCCACCCAUUUGCGUCUCUUCCCUUUGGCUUUGGCAAGCGCAGCUGCAUGGGGAGACGCCUGGCAGAGCUUGAAUUGCAAAUGGCUUUGGCCCAGAUCCUGACACAUUUUGAGGUGCAGCCUGAGCCAGGUGCGGCCCCAAUCAGACCCAUGACCCGGACUGUCCUGGUACCUGAGAGGAGCAUCAACCUACAGUUUUUGGACAGAUAGUCCUGUGGAAAGAGGCUGUCAUCAUCACCCUUUCGUUCAUCGUAGGGAUAAUAUUUUUUGUAGGCACAAGACCAAGAGAUACAUCUGCCCCUAAGGCCUAUCUGACCAAACUAGAUAGAAUGACCAUAGUGAAGUGUGAGGCAGCCCUGACCAAUGUGUGAAGUAUGCACUUGGCCUGACUCAGUAGGCCAAGUGAGAAAACCAUUGUCUCUCUCUGUGCUUGGCCCUUCCGAUCAUGUAUGCAUCCCCCAAGGAUGAGAUCAGAUUUUAACUAAUAAUGCUGGAUAGCCUGAG